CCUACAUCAGUACGUAAUGACAAACUAAAGGAUGCACUUGAAUACUACCGAUGCUCUAUACUUCGGUCCUGACAACCAUUCGGAAAAGAGUCCGAUCGGGCAAACCUUCAGCCGACAGGAGCAGGAGCCCCGCUGCGCCGAAGCCGAAUCACAGCAAGAGUUUCCCCGCACGUCAUCGCCUGCCUAUGAUAUAAAAGACUGUAUCCACGACCCCUCGAAUCCGCGGGAAUUUUGAUCUUUUUUGUUUAGCUCUUGUCUCUCCUAGAAUCCCAAUUCAAUCUACUUUAUGAAAUUCCUCCGAGCGAGUUUCAAUUCAAUUAGACUCCUCCCGCGCUUCGUCUCCCCAUCUCCUCUCGGAAUCCUACACUCCGCAUUCCCUCGAACGAACCCCAACCCGUUCCGCGAACCGGCAUUUCUCAGACGCUCAAUGGCCACCGCAAUGGCAAAGCGCCUCGAAGGCAAGACGAUCCUCGUCACCGGCGCAUCGUCGGGAAUCGGUCGCAGCACCGCGCUCGAGUUCGCGCGCACCUCGCCCAAGAACCUCAAGCUGAUCGUGACGGCGCGACGUCUCGAGUCCCUGAACCAGCUGGCGCAGGAUAUCACGCAGGAGGUUGGUGAGGGUGUUAAGGUUCUGCCUGUGAAGUUGGACGUCAGCAACCCCGAGGAGAUCAAGAGCUUUGUGUCGUCGCUGCCGGCCGAUUUCCAGGAGAUUGACGUUCUGGUUAACAAUGCUGGGCUCGUCAAAGGCGUCGCCAGGGCUCCUGAGAUUGCCACCGAGGAUAUCGACACCAUGUUCACUACCAACGUCAACGGCCUGAUCAACAUGACCCAGGCCAUCCUGCCGAUUUUCCAGAAGCGCAGCGACGGAGGCCGUGGUGACAUCAUCAACAUCGGCAGCAUUGCUGGCCGCGAGGCCUACCCCGGAGGCAGCAUCUACUGCGCCACCAAGGCGGCGAUCCGGGCCUUCACGGACGCGCUGCGAAAGGAGCUGAUCGCGUCGAGGAUCCGCAUCAUCGAGAUCGACCCGGGGCAGGUGGAGACGGAGUUCUCGGUUGUUCGAUUCUACGGUGAUAAGAGCAAGGCUGAUGCAGUCUAUGCAGGCUGCGAGCCCCUCACACCCGACGACAUCGCCGAAGUCGUUGUCUUCGCUGCCGGCCGCCGCGAAAACGUCGUGAUCGCUGACACUCUGAUCUUCCCCAGCCAUCAGGCCUCCCCUACCGCUGUGCACAAACGGUCUUAAAUCUAGGCUGUAGCCAAUAUCUGACCGAAAAUAGGCACCUAUAUAAACAAUUCACGUAGAACCCACCAUUUAGACAGGAAACUUGGCCAUGAAUAAUGUAUCACAUUGCAUCAUAUUAUAUUGCAAAUCCCGCAACCCAACCAAAUCAAGCUGAGACAAUCACCCGAUGUGUAUGUC